UUCACUCAAUCGCAGGCUCGUGUUUUAAAAUUACAUCGAUUUAGAUUACACAUUGACUAUUACAAAAAGUGAUGAAAAGAGAACUUGAAAUCUAAUAAACAAUGGCUGCCAAAAGAAAACCAGAUGCCCAGAUACCAGAGGAAGAGAGUGACCGGUUGAUCGUUCGUCCUUUGGGAGCUGGUCAAGAGGUCGGAAGGUCAUGUAUAAUGCUGGAGUUCAAGGGCAAAAAAAUCAUGCUUGAUUGUGGAAUACACCCUGGUCGUGAAGGAAUGGACUCGCUUCCUUACUUUGAUCUCAUUGAUCCAGAAGAAAUUGACCUACUUCUGGUCAGUCACUUUCAUUUAGAUCACUGUGGAGGCCUGCCAUAUUUUUUGAAGAAUACUCAGUUUCGGGGGCGAGUUUUCAUGACCCAUGCCAGCAAAGCCAUCUACAGAUGGAACCUGUCCGACUACGUCAAAGUCAGUAAUUUGUCGGCCGAGCGGAUGCUCUACACCGACGCUGAUCUACAGGCUAGCAUGGACCGCAUUGAGACCGUCAACUUUCAUCAGGAGGUUGAUAUAAACGGGAUACGUUUCUCGUGCUACCACGCCGGUCACGCUGGGGCGUGUAUGUUCCUCAUCGAGAUCGCUGGUGUUAAGAUUCUUUAUACUGGUGAUUUCUCACGUCAAGAAGAUCGUCAUCUGAUGCAAGCAGAGAUACCAAACGUCAAACCAGAUAUCUUGAUUACUGAAGCCACCUAUGGCACUCACAUACAUGAGAAACGUGAGGACAGAGAGGCCCGGUUCACCAGCACGGUUCAUGAUAUCGUCAACAGAGGGGGGCGCUGUUUGAUUCCUGUUUUUGCUCUGGGACGAGCGCAAGAGCUACUUCUGAUUCUUGAUGAGUAUUGGUCCAACCAUCCCGAGCUUCAUGAUAUACCAAUCUACUAUGCCUCAUCGCUGGCUAAGAAGUGCAUGGCAGUCUACCAAACCUACAUAGAUGCUAUGAAUGAGAAAAUCAGAAGACAGAUCAAUGUCAGCAAUCCAUUUGUAUUCAAGCACAUUUCAAAUCUUCGCGGCAUGGACCAUUUUGAUGACGUUGGUCCUUCCGUCGUCAUGGCGAGCCCCGGUAUGAUGCAGUCUGGUCUGUCGAGGGAGCUGUUUGAGAACUGGUGCACGGAUCGACGCAACGGUCUCAUCAUCGCUGGUUACAGUGUGGAAGGCACCAUGGCAAAGCAUGUGAUGUCAUCCCCAGAGGAAGUGCAGACUCUGAGCGGUCAGAAGAUUGCUUUGAAGAUGACGGUAGAUUACAUCUCCUUCUCUGCCCAUGCCGACUAUGAGCAGACAUCAGAGUUUAUCAGAUCGCUUAAACCACCACAGAUAGUACUUGUUCAUGGUGAGGCGAAUGAGAUGAGCAGACUGAAGGCUGCUGUGCUGAGAGAGUACGAGGAUGAUGACGAGUAUAACAUACAGGUUCAUAAUCCAAGGACAACACAGGCGGUAGAACUGUACUUCAGAGGAGAGAAAAUGGCAAAGGUAAUGGGCAGCCUCGCAUCUGAAAGACCGAGACAUAACAGCAAGAUAUCAGGGAUCCUCGUCAAGAGAAACUUCAAUUACCACAUCAUGGCGCCGUCCGAUCUCUCAGAGUACACUGACCUAGCAGUAAGCAACGUGACCCAGCGCCAGAGCAUCGCGUACCACGCCCCCCUCUCGCUACUCACGCACUACCUCACUCAGCUAUCCACCGACAUCGAGUACACCGAGAUCAACGACAAGCCGGCUCUGCGCAUCUUCGGGGAGAUCAACAUCAUCCACGACCCUCCUGCGAGAUUGGUCACACUCGAGUGGGUGGCUAACGCAGAGAACGACAUGUACGCUGAUGCUGUGAUGACGGUGGUAGUGAGAGUAGCUUCAGAUCCGGACGCACAGAAAUUCAAGCAGCUACCAGCGAAGAACGAUGCCCAGGUGUUCAGCGAGCGCCUCAUGGUCUUACUAAGGGACAUGUUCGGUCAGAGUACGGUCAAGAACUUUGCAGAUACCGAUGACCUCCUCGUCUGUAUGGACGGCAAAGAGGCCAGGGUCAACAUUGAAUCACUGGAGGUGAAAAGUGAAGACAAGCAGCUGACAGCCAUGGUAACAACUGCUAUGAAGCGAUUACAUGAAGCAAUCGACCCUGUAGCCAUCGUUAACUAGGAUCGCCAAUCAUCAAACUCUUAGA